ACAGGGUAAACCCACGAGGCAGCCAGGCAGGACCGCCCAAGACCUUGAAUACAGGAAGGAAUAAGCCUCCACUGGGCUCGGUAGGUGGCAACAGUCUAAGAUUUACCACAAUGUAACAGUUAACAUCUAGUGUCUGAGCAGCAGAGAAGGAUACUCUCAGACAUAAUAGUGCAUCGUGUGAGAGCGGGCACCCCCACGAAUCUUAACAGGAUGGCGGUCCACGAGAAGACUCAGAUACCACUCUUACAGAAAAUGUCAAGACGUGCCAGAAGAAAACACAAGAAGCAGGCAAGAUUUGGAUCUGAUGUUGCUAUAAACAUUGAAAGUACUCCCUCAAAUGCUAAGAAGACAAGACCAGUUUAUGAAAGAUCAAUCUCUGUCAGGGAACGUUACAGUAGGGUUGAUGACACAAGCAAUGUUCGCAAAUAUGCUGAAGAACUCUUGCAGAAAGCUGUAGAAAAUGAUUAUGAUGGCUGUCAGGCUCUGUUGGAAAAGGGUGAUAAUGUUAAUGUAGAGGACAAAGAGACGAAAUCAACAGCUCUACACAUAGCAACCAAGAAUGGACAAAGAGAUAUCGUUAUACUCCUCCUCAGUAAAGGUGCUGAUUGUAACGCUCAAGAUGGAACUGGACAGUCUCCGCUACACCUCACUGCCACUAAAGACCAUGUCGACUGCUGUGAGGAACUUCUUAAAUGUUCUAAUUUAAAAGUAAACAUACCAAAUAAAACUCAUGACACUCCCCUCCACCAGGCAGCAAAAGAAGGAAGAAUAGAUAUAUGCACUAUGUUACUUGAGCAUGCAGAUAUUGAUGUGAAAGCCAAAAAUAAAAUAGGAAUGACUCCCCUUCAUCUUGCUGCUCACGAAAACCAUAAAAAUGUGAUACAGCUUCUCAUGAACAAAGGUGCAAAUUGCAAUACCCAAGACAGAAACUUUCAUUUGCCAUUACAUUAUGCAGCCCAGAAAGGCUUUCCAGAGUCAUGUGAAGUUCUCUUGUCUAACAUCAAAAGUGCAGAUAGAGAAAAACAGUUGAAAACGCAUUUAAAAAAUGGAAAAACCCCUCUCAUGCUGGCAGCUCAAGGUGGCCAUCACAAGUGUUGUGUUAAGCUGACAAACACAUACAUAAAUGCCAAGGACAAAGUGGGAAACACUGCUUUACAUCUUGCUGCUGCUGGAGGGUAUGAAAAUACAAUUGCUGAACUUCUUAACAUGGGGGCCAAAGCCAACACACAAAAUAUAAAAGGAAGUGCCCCAGUACUUGAUGCAGCAAGUAAGAAGAAUGCUGGAUGCCUCAAAAUUCUUGUUGAAAAAGAUGCAAACCUGUUUUUUGUAGGUCAACAAAAUAAAAAUGUUCUUCAUUAUGCUGCUGAGAAAAAUUCUGUGGAAUGUCUUACUUACUUGUUGUCUCUCCCUAACAUGAAAUCUCUUCUUGACAAGAAAGAUGACAAUAAUUGUACCCCACUUCAUAUUUCUAUCAAACGAGAAGCUGUGGAAUGUGCUCACAUUUUGCUUGAGAACAAUGCAUCGCCAGUAGAGCAGUGCAUAGGAGGAAUGACACCCCUUCACUUGGCAGCUGACAAGGGCUAUAUAAGUAUCUGUGAAAUACUUCUUGCAAAAGAUGAAGUGAAAGUUAGUCAGGAGAAUGAUUCAAAGGCAACACCACUUCAUUUAGCAGCUCUCCAUGGAUCAGCAGAGGUCUGUCAAAUGCUCUUACGUAAAGGAGCUCGCUUAUCAGCCACAGAUGGAGAAGGCCGAACACCUCUCCAUAUUGCAUCACUAAAAAAUUAUGCCACUGUGGUGAAGCUUCUUACUAAGAAAGGCGCACCACAACGGACCAAAGACGACACUGGGUCUACAGCCUUGCACCUCGCAGCAUCUAAGGGUUCACUGGAGUGUUGCCAGGUGUUGGCUGCCAGUGCCAAGGCUGUGUGCAAUGAUUUAGAUCACAAUGGAAACCGUCCUUUAGACAGAGCAUUUGAAAAGAAACAUGACAAAGCAUUUGAAUUCCUACUUCUGCAUAUGCCAUAUAGGGAACACCAAGAAGAGUUUGUGUUAUGUCUUCAUGAAUACAUGCAUACAGCCUUGACUGGAAACAGAAUAACUGCUGUAAAAGCCAUCAUUGAUAGCUCAUGGUGGGAGGCUGGUUUCACAGGAGCAAAUGGACAUCACUGUCUAAACUUCAGGCAGCUUGUAGAGUGUCACCCAAGUCUUGCCUUGAAGGUGCAGGACAAGUGUGUGCAACAUAUCAAUGAUGAUGCUGAAGUAACCUAUGACUUCAGAUUUUUGGAAGACAACUAUUAUAUUUUAUCAGCCACAAGUAAGCUGGCCAAGAGUCCAUAUGAAGAGAAAAGUGGGAGGGUGUGUCAAAAUGCAUGUCAGUUUAUCGAAGACAGCCUGAAAUGGAAGAAUGACCACCCACUAUCACUGAUGAUAUCUCACACGCGCCACCAGCUGCUCCACCACCCACUCGUCAACGCUUGGCUCUUGCACAAAUGGAGAUCAUACAUCUACAUCGUCUUCCUUGCUUGUCUUCUUCUGGAGUUGAUCUUUGUUACCUGUUUGAUUAUCUUCAUGGGAUAUAUCGAUAAUUGGAUGAACAUAGAGAGACGGUGCAACUUUACCAGAGAGCAGUUUUGUGAAAUAUCAGACACACUUUCUCAAGUUCACGAUCUGGGUCUCACAUCACAACCUCUUCAUGGGGAUGUAGUGACAGGAGGAAAUACAGAAACAAUUACAAACAGCACUGACAAUAUAGCCAUAAGUCAAUUUACUGGUUUCCCUGACAAUGCAACCUUAAUUGAAUUUGCUAAGUGUAAUACAGGAGUUCCAGUGAAGAGAGGAAUUUCAUGCGUACUGGUGAUUAUAAUGUUCAUGACACUCCUUUUGGAAUGCAACUAUAUUUAUAGACUGAAGAAGGAAUACCUGUUUGUGGAGAACCUUAUGCAGAUCCUUCGUGUAGUGUUCACCAUUGUUGUCUUGAUACCAGGAGGGAGCUGUGAAUUUCAUUAUAAUGUGCUUGGUGUUGAACAAUGGGAAUGUGGAAUUUUGGCCCUGCUGGUGGAAUGGUUGUACUUCAUCAACAUGCUCAACCAACUGCCGAUGAUUUCGGUAUUCAUGCCGAUUACUCGCAGCUUUCUCAAGAGUUUCUUCAAAGUGCUCUUCUAUAUUAUAAUGCUUGUAUUUAUCUUUGCCUUCAUCUUCCAUCUGCUUCUGAGAGACCAAGCUGCUUUCCACACUGUGCCACAAGCUAUGGUCAAGACAAUUGUGUGGAUGCUUGGUGACCUGGCCUAUGAUGACACUUUCCUUAAUGAUGUUCCACUUGUUUACCCAGUAAUGGUGAACAUUCUCUUCGUAUUGUUUGUCACUACAAUUGGAGGCUUUAUUGUAAAUCUGGUUGUCGCACAACCUUCUGAAAAACUGAAUAGUUUUCGAGACAAGGCUGCCUUUCACAGGGCAGCAAGCCGGUGUAGGCUGUUCCUUAAACUAGAAGUCUGUUUUCCCUUUUUUCGUAAAUUCAGGACAAGAAGGUUUUUUGUUGGUGAAGAAACUACAUCAAAUGGAUCUAUUUUUCUAACAAAGAAACUUUUGAGGCUUGAUAAUGAAGUGAAAGAAGCAGAACCCGAAAAUUCCCUUCAGUUACAACUAUUAGAACAGAAUAAGCAAAUGACCGCUAUGCUGAAUCUUCAGAAGGAGGAGAUACAUGACCUCAAGCAACAGCUAAACAUCAUAACUAAAUAUCUACCGGGACGAAACAGGGACAGUAUUAUGUAACACAUCAAGAUGAAAGUCAUUCAUAGGUCUCCUUACUUUGAUGAAUAGGUUGAUAUCUAGCAUGGCAUGGAGUCAUAUAACUGGACUAAAUUUUUCUCUAUGAACUCUUAUUCUCAUAAGUAUAUUAAUUAGCAACAUUCAAAUUCCCAAUUUUGGAUAACAAAACUGACUGGUAAUUGGUCAGUCGCUGCAUAGAGUAUGUGUGCCAGUUGGAAGAAUGCACAAGGGCACAGGAAGCCCUUUUGAUGGUUAUGAAAAAGACGGUGUUUAUUCACAUUAUUUGUUUUAACCUUACACUUAGUAUGGAACGGUGGAAAGGUCGCCACUGACCAGAGUGUAGAGAAAUGCUGCAAAGAAAAAUAGGUAGGUGGUGUUAGUUGACUGUUAAAGAGUGCAAAGGAGGUGUGGUAAAGGAGUGUAGAGAAGUGUGACUGGAGGAUUGUACGUCUAAGCUACUCUGCGUUUCACAAAAUGAUGGUAUUACAGACAUACUGUACACAGUUAACAAGGCUUUAAUUUGUACUUCAGGGACCCAUCCAUGACCAAGAGUUCAACAAUGAUGUGUGUGUGUGUGUGUGUUUUAAGAUAUUUAUGUGUCUAUUGGGUCAAAGAAUACAGUACUGUACUCUACAAUUGUAUCAUGCCAAAUGGGAACCUGAGAAAUUCAAGGGUUCUAGUUGGCAAGACAGUGACAUAUACACUAGACUGAGAAAUGACUGUCGAGGUGCUUCUAUAUUACUCCUUAUUCACCCUUGCCCACCUGUGGUACGAACUAAGCAAUUGUAUACAUUCAAGUCUAGGUAUUAAUUAUACUGAUUUGACUAUUAAUAUAAGUUAAUAUUUGUAAGAGCUUUAAUUUUGCUGUAAUUAAAUGCAGACUGUUCAAGGAAAUGAGUACCGGUACAUGACAGCUUUGUUGGCUAUCCUUGGUGAAGUUCCAUACUGUUUACCAUUGUUGUUUACCUGCACUGUCUUGGCACACAGGAAACUGUACACAGUGUUGUACUCUCACGGCCCAUGUGUACCAUAUACUGUACCUACAUUUUCUAUAUUCAAGCUGCACAGCAUAAUUUAUAAACAUGCCUAUGCAAUUGUAAACCUGUUUGACAACUUUACUGAAUAAUUAUUAUUAUUAUUCUCCAGUAUGCCUUUUUUUUUUUUAAUACUGUACACUUACUUUAAUUGACAUUCAAUUAUAAGAGCUCAUUCAUAAUUACCUUCCCCAAGUCUCAUAAAUUGUGUGUUAAAAAUCAAACUUUGAAUCGGCAAUUUCUUUUUCUGAUUAAAAAUCUUAACAGUGAAUCUGCAAAUAUUUUUUUAAUAGUCUUAAUGCUAAUUUAGUAAUUUACCAUACAGCAGAAAAAGAAAAUGGUGAGAGCAGUAGAAUUAAUGUACCUGAAUAGUUAGGUGAGGUUGCAGGUAAUAAAUACUCUUGAGAUCAUCACUGGUGUAAGAGAAGGUGGAGCACUGAAGAAUGGUUAAACACAGGGGAACCAGACAAAACUAAUGCAUUCACAGGGAGGAGAAGUGCUGAAGCUAUGAUUGACAGCAAACUAUUGAUAAUCUUGGGUCAGUUUUAACACUAAUGCAGUGUAUUUUUUACCGAUGAAUUUAUGUAUUGAACAAGUUGAAAAUGUUAUGUACUUUUUAGUGGUGAUUCAUUGUACUUAUAAUUUAUGAUUCAUUGUACUUUUUAGUGAUGAUUCAUUGUACCUUUUAUUGGUGAUCUAAUACAGUAUACUUUUUGUGAAAUGUA